AUGGGGACAUCACAAUCUUAUGGAUAUGAUUUAUCAUAAUAUUAAUAUUUAGAUGAAGUCAAUGAUCCAAUUUAUGGAGAAGGUAAAUUAUUUUAAAAACAUGAAACUGGAGAAAUAAUAUGUCUUAUUGAAAAAUUGAUCUAAGAGGAAUACAAAAAUUCAGAAUUAUCUAUCAAGUUAGAUCAUCCAAAUCUAUUAAAAAUAUAUCAUUAACAAUUUAGUGUUAUGAAAGAAUUAUGUUCAUCUAUCUCAAAAUUAUCUAUCAUUUAUGAAUUUACUAAUCUUAAUUUAAUUGCACAUAUUAAUCAUAGAAAAACUAAAAAUAUUCCAUUUACUUAAUAACAAUUAUGGGGUUUGUUGCUUUAAUUGUUAAAUGUAUUAAAUUAUCUUAAAUAAUUUGAAAUUUAUCCUUUAGAUUUGAAACAUAUCAUGAUUUCAAGUUAAGGAUAAAUUAAAUUUCAUUCCAUUUAAUCUAAAUAAAUGAGUAACUACAAAAAAUUACUUUACAAUUUAACAGAACAUAUACAUCUUUCACCUGAAGAAUUAAUCUGUUUAAAAAGAAGUGACAUGAUUCUUAAUAUAGAUUUUGAAAAAUGUGAAUUGUUUUAAUUAGCCUUAACUUGUUUAUAUGCUGCUUCAUUAAAUGAUACAAAUGAUAUAUUUGAUUUAAGUACAUUUUCGUAUUCAUAAAAUGCAAUUUAAUAAAGGUUACAAUAACUUUAAUAUUCAGGAGAAUUUAAGAAAACUCUAAUCUAAAUGUUAAGUCAUGAUCCUUAAAACAGAGGAACUUUUUAUUCUUGGUUAAAUUAAUUAUCAUAAAUAGAUGUUGAAAAUAAUUUGUUAUUAUUAUAAUUGAAGGACAAGUAGGAAAAUAAUCUAAAAAAGAAUAAUUAAAAAGAAAUUAAUUAAUUUUAAGAUUAUCAAAUAGAAUAUCUGCCUCAAAAUUACCUCUAAAGACCCCCUGAUAUUAUUUAAUCUCAAUACUAAAUUUCUUUAUAAUCAAAUUAGCCAACUUCAAAUGCUCCUCAGGUAUUAUAACCAUAAAAACCUUUUCAUAUAGCAACUCCUGAUUAAUCUAGAAUAUCUAAAGAAAUAAAAAAAUCAUAAUUAUUUCCAUAACAUUAACAUGAUAAUAACAAAAGUGAAUAAUAAUUUUUUCAAGAAUCCGGACCAACAGUUUAAACUUAAAAUGAUGAAAAUUUUGAUAACGAAUAAUUCCAUUAAUAACCUUAAAUAUAAUUAAAUCCAUAUCGUAAUCCAAAUUAUUUAUCUUAUUUACCUCCCAACAAUAAUUUACCAUCCAAUAAUAUUUUACCUUCCAAUAAUAAUUUACCAUCCAAUAAUAAUUUUAUGAAAACUUCACAAUACCCUCCUCAAAUGCCAACAUUUUCUUCUCACAUAUAACCUCAAUAGCCAUAGAAAGUUUUUAAUGUAUUGCAAUAAAAUAAUUAUUAUUCUUAAUAAUAAUAAUAAUUAGUUGAAAAAUAAUCUUAAAUAUCAUAAUAAAGUAAAAAAAGCUAAAUAGAAGAGAGGAUUGAGUAGGCAGUAAAAUCAUCAAAAAGGGCAUUGUAAUAAUUUGAUUUUGCUCUUUAAUCAGCAACAAAAGGAAGGGUUUCUGAUAAUAUGUGAUAUAAGUUAGAUAUUUAUUAAUUUAUUUAAUUUAUCAUUUAUAUAGUUAUUAAUAAAAAUUGAUGUGGUUAGAAAAUAAUGAAGCAGAAAUUCCUAAAGAUUAUGCUAAACUUAAAUAAUAAAAUAUUAAGUUAAGAAAUGAAUUAAAGUAAAUUAAUGAAUUCUUAUCGAAAUAAAUCGAAAAGAAAUAGGAUCAACAAAAUAAUCAUAAAAAUUAAUUGAACAUUAAUACAGAAUUGAAAGAAGGUUUUUUAUAUUAUUAUUUUAGAUACACUAAAAGCUGAAUUACAAAAUGCUUAAAAAUAAAUAAAGAUUCAAUUGAAAUAAAUUUAAAUUCUAUAAACUAGACAAGAAAUGCUUUCUUUAGAUAAGUAAGUAUGAUUCUAAUUUUAAGUAUUGUUUAAUUACAAUCUUAAGUAAAGAAAUAGAUGGACAAAAUAAAAGAACUUGAAGUAGAAAAAAAAACAUUAAUUAAUAUAAAUGGAAAAUAGGAGAAAAAGUUAGUUGAACUUUCUCAAGAUGAUUUUAUUAAAAAUAGAAUAGAUUAAUUAGAAUAAGAAAAUAUGUUAUUAAAAUAAAAAGUAAUCGCACAAAAUAAAAAUGAAAGAUCUUAAUCUGUAUAAAUAGCUAAGAUUGAUCCAAUCAUAAAACCAAUUUAAUUAACUUAAAAACAAUAAGAGAUAAUGAAAGAAAAGGAUAUUUUUAUAGUAUAAUAUGAAUGUUAUAUUCAUAGUCUUAAUUGCAAGCAAAAUUAGAAGAGUAAGAAAAACAUAUAAGAAUCUUGAAUAAUUUGAAAACUUAGUAUGAUAAAUAAAUUAAUGGAAUGACUAAUAGGAUAAAGUAACUUGAAACCCAAUUAAUGAUAUUAAAUUAGUAAUUGUAAGAUAAAGUAAUUUAAUUUUUGUAUAUAUACUAUAGAAUUCUGAAUUGAAUAGAAAGAAUCAUUUGUUACCAAAUUUAAGUGCCAGAAAUCAAAGAUAUCAAUAAUAAAAAAAAAUCAAUCUAAGUGUUGAUAAUAGUUUAACUGAGUAAUCUAAAAAUCAUCUUUAAUUAAAUCAUUAAUCAUUUACAUAAGCAACAACUUAAUUUAAGUCUAAAAGUUAACAGUCUUAAAAGCUUUCUUCAUAAACUUAAAGAAGUUAAAAUUAAUAAACUACAGAAACAGAAUAUGAUAUAAAAUUCAUUAGAAUUGAAUAAGUAGGUAUAAAAAAUUAAAAAGAAUUUUAUUUUGAUAUACCAUAAUAGUAUUUAAGAUUAUAUAAUUUGAAAUUAUGGUGGAAAAAUGAUUAUUUAUCUGGUUUAUAAGCAUAUUAUCAUGGUAUUAAUUAGAUAGUGAAUGGUUAAAUAUUCAGUUUAGGUAAUUUAGAAGAUUCAAAUCCAUAAAUGUUUGAAUUAAAUUAAUAAGAUUGGAUAAAUUAGAUUGGAUUUGGAUUUGAAAAUGAGAAAAUAAGUAUAAUUAUAUUGUUAUUUAAAUAGAAUUCGUAAAGAUAAUUUCAAAUAAAAGUUGUAUUUUGAAAUUUGGUAGUGAGAUGGAGAGAAUUGAAGAAAUAAGAUUUGGAUAGAAGGAAAUGAUUGGUACUAUCGAAGUAUCUUUUAAUGAAUGUAUAUUAUUAUGAUUAGUAUUUAAGUGUUGAUAGCAAGUAUUGGUUUUAAAAUAUUUGAUGAGAGAUAAUUUGAUAAGAAAUGAUUACUAUAUUACUUGAUUUAGUAUCUGAAAUGAAUUAGAGUUUGUAUUAUUAAUAACUAAAGAGCAAAAAUGAUUGUAGAAGAGAG